CCGGAGGGGAGUCAUAACUAGGUGCUGUACUCCACAAUGAGAGGUCGUUCAUGACGCCUGCCCUUUUUGCUGCUGCUGGAUACAUUUCAUAUAAGAUUCUGUAUCCAUAAUCCGAUUCCCCUCUACCCAGAAUCUUGUCAUUCUUUCUACAGGUCUAUACCCAUUGUAUUUACGGAGUACUACUAUCAGCCGUGAUAAUGUUACAGGCCGUGGGGGGUCCUAUUCCUCCAAACACUGACCAUGCGGUUAGUAUGUCUCUCCCGACUUGGCAAGCCACCGUGGGAUAUGAGGAGGGGGAAGAUUGGGUCAUAAGUAAAAUUCAGUGUGGCUACCCAAGAUUCUUUAUACAUCCAACUAUCCAGAGACUUGUCCAGGAGAUCACCUCUCGUUAUGGCGAUCCAAAAACCGAGUCUGCGACUUUAUUUCCAUCUCAUCGCGCAGCUCUUAUCUGCCAGGCAUUUUUCGGAACCCGUGUUCCUCCUGAGGCACUGGCCAAAGUGCGAAUUGUCAAUCUGGUGCCGUCUGCGACAACUUCUGCCAACUCACCAGCAGUCACUUCAAAUCUUUCCUGUGUGAUUUACCCCAAGGAAUAUGCAGCUAUCGCAAAACAGGUCUGGCAGCACUCUGGGAAUGGGAUAUCCAGCCGCCGAGCGGAAUUCUGCCUCGAUGCAUUGACAGACGGCUUCCUCGUGGAGGAAAAAAGCGCCGGUACAUCGGAUAUGGCUACUCAAAGAUUCAAUAAAGGUCCUAGGCGCUAUAGGGGUAAAGGAUCCUUCAACGGACUCACAAAAGGGGAGAUGACUCGAGUUGAGAGCUCAAGUUCAGAUCCCAUACAUAAUGGGCUGCAAGAUGGGAAAGAAUAUGGCCAAUUCAUUGAAGAGCGUUUUGGGCGCAAUCUAAGCACAUCUCUUGCGGAGAAAGCUAAAACAGCUGUCCGCAGACGGAUAGCAGGUUUUCUCACGGCAGAUGUUGAGCUGAGUGAAGCCCUUGAGAAGACGUCUUCAGAGGGCAGAGUAGUAGGCUUGACAGAAGAGGACGUGUUCUUAUUUCCCAGUGGUAUGAGCUCUAUUUUCAAUGCCCAUCGAAUCUUAAUGGCCUCGCGGGAACCUUUGAAGAGCAUAUGCUUUGGCUUCCCCUACAUUGACUCCUUGAAAAUCUUGCAAAAAUGGGGUCCGGGUUGUUUGUUUUAUGACCACGGGUCUAGUGAAGACCUGGAUGAUUUGGAGGACCGGCUAAGCCAAGGCGAGAGAUUCCUUGCACUAUUCACCGAAGUGCCUGGUAAUCCAUUGCUAAAAUCGCCCGAUCUCAAGCGCAUACGCCAUCUCGCGGACAAGUACGACUUUGCCGUGGUGGUAGAUGAGACGGUCGGCAAUUUCCUGAAUAUCAAUGUCCUACCCUAUGCGGAUAUUGUGGUCAGCAGUUUGACAAAGAUAUUCAGUGGUGAUAGUAAUGUCAUGGGAGGCAGCGGUGUUCUCAACCCUCUUAGCCCUUGUUAUGUACGGCUGAAGGAUGCAUUUGCUCGCGAGUACGAAGAUAUCCUGUGGGCAGAAGAUGCUAUCUUCCUGGAGAGAAACAGUCGUGAUUUCGUUUCUAGAAGCGAAAAGGUAAACUCCACGACUGAGGCUGUGACUGAAUUACUUCAAAAUUCCAAAUUAGUGAAAGAGGUUCACUAUCCGAAAUUUAGCCCGACAAGACCAUUUUAUGACAGCUUCCGGAACCCUAAUGGAGGCUACGGCGGCCUGUUCUCAGUGACGUUCCACUCGAAGGCUGCCGCGAUGGCUUUCUUUGACUACCUGGAAGUCUUCAAAGGGCCCAGCUUAGGAACCAAUUUCACCCUGAGCUGCCCUUACGCAAUCCUGGCUCACUACACUGAACUAGACUGGGCACUAUCAUGUGGGAUAGACCCUAAUCUGGUGAGAAUUAGCGUAGGUUUGGAAGACGUCUCGGAUUUGAGCGCUACAUUUCAGAAGGCUUUAGAUGCUGUCGCAAAGAUCGACUCUUCCACAUGA